GAAGGGGCUUUCCUCUCUUGAAAACAAAAGAAGAGUGCAGUAACUCCUAGCAUUACAGAGCGGUAAAGCCUCGUCUACUUUCUCCAUCUGCUUUGCCGCUUUCUGUUCAGAGUUCUGUCAAACCCGCACACACACAUAGCCAAGAUGGCGGAUGCCGACGAUUGGGACGCUGACAACUUCGAGCUGGACGUCGCGCCGAUCAAAACGGCGGUAGUGCUGGACAAAUGGGAAGGCGAAGACGAAGAUGAAGAUGUGAAGGAUAACUGGGAUGAUGAAGAGGAAGAGAAGAAAGCAGAGGCAAAGAAAGCUGAGGCCAAAGUGUCUGAGAAGAAAAAACUGGCCGAAAAAAUUAAGGAGAAAGAAAACCGGCUAAGGAAAAAGCAACAAGAGCUAAAAAAGAAAUUGGAGGAGGAGGAAGAGCUUACACCCGAACAACAGCUAGCAGAAAAGUUGAAAGUCCAGAAGAUGCAGGAGGAAGCUGACUUGGAGCUGGCAAAAGAGGCUUUUGGAAUGUCAGGGGGUAGUACCACAAACAAUGUUUCUGGAAUUGAUGCCAUGUGCCCAUCUUCUAAAGAGGACUUCACAGAGUUUGAAAAGCUGCUGAAAGUGAAAAUAUUACAGUAUGAAAAAUCAGUGCAUUAUUCAAGCUUCUUGGAGUCACUGUUUCGGGAGCUCUGUAUUUCAUUGGAAGUUGAAGACUUAAAGAAAAUCAGCUCUUCCCUGACAGUGCUACUUAAUGAAAAACAGAAGCAAGAAAAGGCAAUCAAAGGCAAAAAGAAGAAGAAAGGAGUUGUACUUGGUGGUGGUAUGAAAGCCAAGGGGAAAGAUGACCUUGCAGACUAUGGAGAAUUCGAUGGUGGCUACACCCAAGACUAUGAUGACUUCAUGUGACGACGGCUAUAUCCCCACUGCCUUUUCACCCUUUAACCCUCAGAAAUGCAGCUGUACUUCUCAUGCUAUCCAGUGUCAUCCUGGAAAAACCUGAACAAUGUGUCGCCCUUUCAUUUUGCUUCAAUGAUCCGAGGGACUAUACAGGGAGCAUCCAGUACCAACACUUCUGUUAAUACAUAAUGAAAUUGCCUUUUCUCUCAUUCAGCCUCCAAACUUCACAAAGAUACAAAACACAGUGAAAAAUACUUUACAUGCUGUAUGUGAUUUGUAGAGCACAUUUUUUAUUUAGAGAAAUUAUAUGCUCAUGUCAAAUUCUAGUUGCUACUGCAGUGACAUCUAAACAAAUUAGGUUCUAUGCAAAUAAUUUCACCCAGAAUGUCUAUAAAUAUUAUAGAUAUUUCACUUUACCUGUCGAUGGGUUUCUUACAGGAAAGUAUAUAGUAUCUAUAACGGUUGCCAAAUACACAUGUUAUCUUUAUCCAUCAAAAGUGUCAUUGUUCGUGCUUUGAAACUGACACUACAUGUUUAGUAGUUUGAAAUUUUACAGGGGGCUUAUGCAUUCACUGUAAAAAUGGAUUUUCAAGUGUAAUGCAUUUUAGUUGGGCACUGUCCAGAUUUUCAUACCAUCAUACUGGUCCUGAAUGCACAAAACACAUUUAAGCAGCAGGGAUUUAUCCAGGAGGAACUUGAUUGUCUCUGCUGUAACCAAGAAGCUUGAUCUUGCAAGCGAACCACUUAUCUAGUGAGUUAGUAAACUCAAUGCAUAGCUGGAGAUAAUUUAUUUGGCAUGUCUAAGAUGGUUCUAAGCAGUUGUAUUGAAAAUCAAACUGUUUCAAACUUAUAUGGUAUACAGCCCAAGCCUAAUUAAUUUUGCGAUAGAUGUGACCAAACCUCAUGGCCAUCCUCUGGAUACAUCUGUGGAAUAUCCUUGAACAGUUGAAGCAAGAGGGAUUUUAGGUAUUUUUUUUGUGCAUGACGAAUGAAAUUUGCUCAUCAAUUGUUACUAAUGCAGAUAUAAUUGUGAUCUAGCAAAUUCACACAACUGGUCUCCUUAACAUUGCUUCUGCAGGCUUGUAUCAAGUGAGACAAGGAGGGGGAUUAUGGGCUGACCUUAUUGUCUUCAUAAUGGUAGAAAGGGACGUGUUUAUUCCUAUUUUCUAACAUUUGAUAGUUUUCAAAUUGUUAAGGAAAUUGGAUGUGGUGUACAAUAUACUGUAAAAGAUGACCAGCUCUUCAGUGUUUUAUAUGCAUCUAAUUUAAUAAAAUCACUGGUCGAAAGGAUAAAUUA